AUGCAAGGUGCCGAUCCGGUCGUGUCACCGAGAACCGAAUCAAGUGCUGCAGUGGAAGUGAACAGCGACUUGCUUUGUUCCAGACAUGAUGGUCAAUUAGAGGUCUUCGACAACUACGAAUUCAUUUCAGCUGUCGGCAGCGGAGCCUUCGGCCGCGUACUUCGAGCCAAAAACCGUUACGGUGGGCAGAUGCGGGCAUGCAAGGCGCUCACGACAAGUACACCCUUGGAACGAAAGUUAGUCGACACAGAGAUUGCCAUCCUGAAGGUGCUGAACCACCCACAUGUUUUGCAACUCUAUGAAGUCUAUUUUGAGCCAAGCAUGACAGACCGGCGUCGGAAAGUCUAUUUGAUAACAGAGCUGUGCACUGGAGGGGACUUGCUCUUCCGAAUCGCCUAUCAUUACCAGAUGCUGAAGAGUCCGAUGACGGAGGGUCAUGUUGCCUACCAGCUGCGACAGCUUCUAUCUGCAGCUAUGUACUGCCACAAACGUGGGAUUGUUCACCGGGAUGUGAAGCCCGACAACGUGCUUUUCGUGGAUGCAACGGCCUCGUCCCCGCUGAAGCUGAUCGACUUUGGUCUGGCGGGCUUCGCGCAGCAGCUGCGAGAGAACGCCAUAGAGGUGUCGAUGCCCAGAAGCAAGUCUCUCGGACGUUUGGCCAAGAUUCUGCCUCGUGUUGGAGCACGUUGGUUUCAUGUGCGAAAACAAAUGAUGCAGCGCGCCGGGACGGCCUUCUACAUGGCGCCAGAGAUGAUCAAUGCAGGUGUGUACGACCAGAAAGUAGACAUGUUCAGCAUAGGAGCCAUCAUGUGCGAGAUGCUCACUGGCUGGCACCCCUUCUACACUCCAAAUGUGGAUGAUGCACAGUCCGUGCAGGCAAAGAUUGUUUUACCCAAACCGGUGGUACUGCCAGAUGAUGUGUUUUGUAACAUCUCAGAGGAAGCAUGCGAUGUUUGCCAGAAAUUGCUAGAGAAAGAUCCAGCCCGACGACUCAGCGCAGAGCAGGCCUCAAGCAGUAUGCCUCCUACAACAAAUUGCGGCGGGCUUCGUUGCAGUUGUUAG